AUGGAGCACGAGCUGCACAUGCGACCGGAUUUGUUGGGGUUGAUGGCAUUAGCCCAGGGCGUGGCCUGUGCGGUCACGGGACCCAUCUGGGGCAACCUGGUGGACAGCGGGGCCUCACGGAAGCUGCUCUUGAAGGUGGGCACCGGCCUAUGGGGGCUCUGCACCUUUCAUCUGGCGUUCACAUCGCACCUGUGGGUUAUGCUGGCGCUGCGGGUGCUCAAUGGCGCUGCCCUUUCCAUGCUGCUACCGGUUCUGCAGUCCUUCAUAGCGGAUUUGAGCACAUCAGAUGAUGCUGGACAGAUCUGUGGCAAGGUGUAUUGUGCUGGUACCUUUGGCCAAGUGCUUGCAUGCUUGAUGGUUGUCCCCAUAUCCGAACACCGGAUCUUGGGUGUCAUGGGUUGGAGGUUAUGUCUUGCUGUGGUCGGUAUGCUGAGCUUGCUAGUAGUACUCUUGGUCGAAGUGGCCGUGGAGGAUAUGCCGAGGACCUGGGAUCCAAAGCGCUUUGGCAUCUCACGCUGCCUGGUUACAGAGAUCACAAGACUUGUGAGUUUCGCAAACUGGCGAAGUUCUUCCGAUUGGGCUCAUUCCGAGUCGGUGGCCGAGUUGCCGGUGCAAGUCUUUAAAAGCAUCGGCAACAUCGGCAACUUUGCUAGGUACUUUCAGUAUCUCUCCAUCAGCAACCACAUGUGUGGACUCAUCAUUGCCAUGCGCACUGUCGGGGAAGGCAUUGGUGGCGCUGUGGGAGGCUAUCUCGGAGAUGCGGCAAAUUCCAGAAAUCCCCGUUAUGGCAGAACUUGGAUAGCGAUGUUUUCAGUCACUGCGAGCAUCCCUUUCCUGUACGUGGUCUACAUGGGAAUUCCGAGAGAAGCCAGUCUCAGUUUGCUCUUCGCCGGCAUCCUCUUUACGAGUGGCCUGGUGACCACCUGGGAGGUUCCUGGAUGCCUGCAGCCGGUGGUCAUGGACAUUAUCCCAAGACGUGAUUUGUCGUCGGCUUUCUCAUGGGACAUUGCGAUUGUCUUUGCAAGCGGCAACACGAUCGGUCCACUCCUUGUUGGAUUCAUAGCCCAGGAUUUCUUCGAUUACCACUACACCAGCGAGAAGGUGGUCACUCGGCCCAACCGUGCUGUGACAGCCGCAUCUCCACUUGCUACUCCAGCAGCGCCGCGCCUGUUCGUGCACAAACUGGAGGCCAACAUGACGCCAGAAGUGCGGGAGCACAACGCGUCGGCCCUCGGCCGAGCCAUCUUCUGGAGUUGUGUGGUGCCCGCAUUGAUCAGCGCUGUGAACUUUGCCCUUCUCUUCUGGACCUAUCCGGCGGAUAAGGAGACCCUGGAGGAGCCUCUGCAACAGCCGCCCCUGCCGCGGGACGCAUAA